GAAUAGCCGAUGCCGCUGGUACAGUAUUUCAUCGCAUCGCCGCUUUUGCCCGUCUGACCGUCGACCGUCGCGGCGGCGGCCUCGCCGGCGAUGCCACCAGCCCAGCCCUCUCCCUCACCCUCACCUCCGCGACGCAUCUGAGAUACUGGUAGCCCAGAGCUGCGACUCGCGAGCCGGCUGAAGCGGUUCCCCUAUUGCUCUCCGACAUCGAACUCCUCCCCCGUCCGGGAAGCGAAGGCGGCCGUCCUCUCCUCCCUCCUCCCCCUGCUCUCUUCGCUGUUCGCCGCACCACCGGCCGGCGCAGGGAUGCAGAAACCCGCCACGCCCGCCCCGGCGGCGGCCCCUUCCAAGGGCAAGUCGGCGGUGCAGAACCCUAGCGGGCACCACGCCGCGACCACCGCCCCGUCGGGGACGCCGUCCAAGGGUAAGUCGGCGGCGGCGCAGGCCGCGGCCGCGGGCCAGGGCUCGUCCUCGCAUCACCACUCCGCAUUCGGCGGCGCCGGCGCCGACGCGUCCGCCCCCACCCUCAAGCGCAAGCGCGGCGUCUUCCAGAAAGACCUGCAGCACAUGAUGUACGGAUUUGGGGACGAUCCAAAUCCACUUCCAGAAACUGUUGCGCUUCUGGAGGACAUUGUUGUGGAAUAUGUCACUGAUCUGGUCCACAAGGCGCAGAACGUUGCAUCAAAGAGGGGGAAGCUCCUGACAGAGGAUUUUCUUUACCUUAUACGCAAGGAUUUACGGAAACUGCACCGUGCUACUGAACUACUCUCCAUGAAUGAAGAGCUCAAGCAAGCAAGGAAAGCUUUUGACGUGGAUGAAGAGACGCUGGCUACAAAUGCCGUAUGAUAUCUUCACAGAAGCCUCAGAAACCUUCAUACAAUAUGCAUUAGUUUUCCUUUCAGCUGUUUCUGCUGAAAGGAAUUUAUAAUGUUGGUUUUUGAGGGCUUUUGCCUUGUACUGACCAAAAUAUCAUAUCAUUCUUGUUGUGGAUACUUAACUGUUGAUACGUACUGACAACAAUAAGUAGAUUUUACACCA